AUGUCCAGAAUCGACGUCCACCACCAUGUGCAGUCCCCAUUCUUCACACAAGCCAUGGACCGCGCAGGCUGCGGCUGUAAUGUUCCCAACUUCAACAUCUCCGACUCUCGCACCCUCUGCGACAAGUUCGGCAUCACAGCCGCAAUCCUCAGCCACACCGCGCCCGGCCCCGAGAUCGAACCUGACCCUACCAAGGCUGCGGCGCUGGCGCGCCAAUUCAACACCUACUGCGCCGACCUCCGCAACCAACAGCCGCAGCGCUACGGAUUCUUCGCCAGCCUGCCCUCGCUGCACGACACGCCCGCCUGCCUCGCGGAAAUAGAACACGCACUCGACGUCCUGCGCGCCGACGGCGUUGUGCUAUUCACAUCGUACUCCUCCCCGCCGGUCCCUGGCGUCAGCACCGGCAGCGCGCCUCGGGUUUCGUACCUCGGCGACUCGGCGUUUGCGCCGGUCUGGGACGCACUCAAUCGCCGCCGCGCUGUCGUGCUUGUGCAUCCGACCUACACCCCCAACCUACUCCCCGCGAGCCAAGCGCUGCCGGUCACGAUGCUAGAUUUUGCGCACGAGACGGCGCGCUCCGCUAUGGAUCUCGUGGUGAGCGGCACGCUGAGGGAGCGUGCGGGGGCGUGCAAGGUCAUUCUUAGCCAUGGGGGUGGGACGCUAGCGAGUGUUGUGGAGAGGGUUGCUGUGCUGGGUGGGACGGGUGCGGAGGUGGUGAGGGAGGAUGUGCGACGAUUUUACUUUGACACGGCGCUUUGUGGGGAGGCGCAGGUUGAGGCUGCUGGGAGGAUUGCUGGGCCGGGACGGUUGCUUUUCGGGAGCGAUUUGCCGAAUGCGCCGGUUGCUGCUGUAGAGCGUUUUGUGGCUGGGAGGGAGGGAAGCGGGGAGGAUGUUGCGAAGGUGUUGUUUCCACGGUUGUUUGCGUAG